ACUGAAUCCGAUAAGUUACUUCUUGCUGCGAGACAGUGAACAUUGGGAAUCUCCAUAAUUAAGAAUCCGCUUCAAUUAUUAUGAUUGUGUUGUUGUAAAUAUGGCGCGAUACGCUGCGGUUGCUACAUGGUUCCUGCUCUGCCACCAAGUUCUUACUCAAGAUGUUCCCUACAUUGUUAACUUAAACACUCAUUGCUUUCGGUGUCUGUGCUACGCAGCGUCCAAGUGUAACUUGACGGUGGGGUGCGAUGGGGGUUACUGUGGUCCAUACAAAAUUAGCAAAAUAUACUGGAAGGACGCUGGUGAAGUGAUUUUGCCCGAUGACGAGAAACAAAGAUCUGGAGCUUAUGAAGACUGUGCUAUUUCAUACCACUGUGCUCAGAGGAUCGUCACCAAUUACAUUGUGAAAUACGGAAGGGAUUGUAAUGAUGAUGGAGUAACGGACUGUGACGACUAUUCCAUGAUCAAUUUUAAUGGAGGCUAUCAGUGCAAGCCAGAACUUGGACGAAACGAGGCUGGAAGAGCCUGGUUACAGCGGUACAGACUGUGUAACCCGGAUACUCGUUUAUGAACAAAUUAUACGAAAUUCAAAACUGUUUUGUUGGGUAUCGUUCAAGGUUGAUUCGUGUUAAUAAAUUUUUUAAUUAGUG